GAAGUUUGCCUUUUGAACUAGAAAACAUGGGUAAGGAAAAGGGACAUAUUAACGUCGUCGUUAUUGGCCACGUCGACUCUGGAAAGUCAACUACCACUGGUCAUCUCAUCUACAAAUGUGGUGGUAUUGACAAGCGUACCAUUGAGAAGUUCGAGAAGGAAGCCGCUGACAUGGGCAAAGGUUCCUUCAAGUAUGCCUGGGUUCUUGACAAACUCAAGGCUGAGCGUGAGCGUGGUAUUACCAUUGACAUUGCUCUCUGGAAGUUCGAGACCCCCAAGUACUAUGUUACUGUUAUUGAUGCUCCCGGACAUCGUGAUUUCAUCAAGAACAUGAUUACUGGUACUUCCCAGGCUGAUUGCGCCAUUCUUAUUAUUGCUGGUGGUGUUGGUGAGUUUGAAGCCGGUAUCUCCAAGGACGGUCAGACCCGUGAGCACGCUUUGCUCGCUUUCACCCUUGGUGUUAGACAGCUCAUUAUUGCUGUCAACAAGAUGGACACCAACAAGUGGUCCGAGGAACGUUUCAAUGAAAUUGUCAAGGAAUUGUCCAACUUCAUCAAGAAGGUUGGUUACAACCCCAAGUCUGUUCCAUUCGUCCCCAUCUCUGGAUGGCACGGUGAUAACAUGUUGGAACCCUCUGCCAACAUGCCCUGGUUCAAGGGAUGGACCAAGGAGACCAAGGCUGGAACCAGCACUGGCAAGACCCUUCUUAAUGCCAUUGAUUCUAUUGAGGCUCCUUCCCGUCCUACUGACAAGCCUCUCCGUCUUCCCCUUCAGGAUGUAUACAAGAUUGGAGGAAUCGGAACUGUUCCAGUUGGUCGUGUUGAGACUGGUGUGAUCAAGCCAGGCAUGGUUGUUACCUUUGCCCCCGCUAACGUGACCACUGAAGUCAAGUCCGUUGAAAUGCACCACGAGUCCCUUACUGAGGGUAUCCCAGGUGACAACGUUGGUUUCAACGUCAAGAACGUGUCAGUUAAGGACAUUCGUCGUGGUAUGGUCUGCUCUGACUCCAAGAACGACCCUGCCAAGGAAGCCGCUUCGUUCAAUGCUCACGUCAUGGUUCUCAACCAUCCCGGUCAAAUUUCUGCCGGUUACUCUCCAGUUCUUGAUUGCCACACUGCUCACAUUUCCUGCAAGUUUGCUGAGCUCCUUGAAAAGGUUGAUCGCCGUACUGGUAAGAAGAUCGAAGAUUCCCCCAAGUUUGUCAAGGCAUCCGACACCGCCAUUGUCAAGAUGGUUCCCACCAAGCCUCUCUGCGUUGAGUCUUACGCCGAGUACCCCCCUCUUGGUCGUUUCGCCGUCCGUGACAUGCGUCAAACUGUCGCUGUUGGUGUUAUCAAGACUGUCGAGAAGACUGACAAGUCUGCUGGCAAGGUCACCAAGGCUGCUGCCAAGGCUUCUGGCAAGAAGUAAUCUUCUUUAUUUCAUAAAAAGCGUUUGAUCACCCAUAUAUUUUAAACUUGUUUUUGGUUGUGGAUUCAAUUGGUGCUUAUAAUAUUAGUCGAGGUAGUCUAAAUCUAGCUGCAUAGAGUGCAAUAUCAAUAUUUUUUAGCAUUCGGGUUUAUUUUCAAAUAGCAAUCGUUUAAAAUGGGUUUUGCAUUUUGAAAUAAUUCGAAUCAGGGUUGGCGGUCAAGUUUAGAUUGAUCGGUACUUUGCUUCAAGCAUUUCCACUGCUUC